AUGUAUGCCACUACCGGGAGUUUGGAAUCGCUUUCGAGACCGAGUACUUCCUCGUCUGAUUAUGGGAUGAAGGUUCCGACCUUCCCAUCCUGUAGUUGUACAGAUCAAGAUAACCAAAUUUCCAUCAAUCCUUACUUUCUCACCAAGUCUUACAAGUAUCUUCCCACCAGAAUGACGGUGCAUGAUACCAGCGACUUCUUCUCGAAGUGCACGCUUACUGGAUCGCGUGGCUACACUACAUGUUCUUUCUCUUCGUGGUGUUAUUCCGAGCAGAAGGGCCGUACGCUCAAAAUGUUAAUAACAAUGGUCAAACUCAAACGCUGUUGGCAGUUAGGAAGAUUCGCCGCGAAAAGUGAUCUCCGCCGCUCUGUUCCGGCCAAUGACCCACCGCUUAGUGCGUGGUUAAUAAUACCUCGUUACAGGGGUGUUGAGUGGUCGAGUCACAACGUUGUCCAGGACCGUCUCAGUAGUUGCAAGACGUGCACGAUCCACACGCAGAUCAAGACAUCUACCUAUCGGAGUUCCAGAGGGGUAUCUCAUACAGUUCUUCUAUAUAGAACCCGUCGCCAACAUGAGUGGUUCACAUAG